ACAAAUUUGGAGACACAAAUCGACUCACAGGGCAUUGGGAAGAAGGGCACAGGCAGAAAGUCAAGUGAAGAGAAACUUCUUCAGAUAUGAGCUGUUUUCUCCAUACAGUUUUUUAGUUACUUUCCCAAUAAGUUGUUUUAAAUUUAUUUUAUUGCUAACCUUUUAAAUAAUUAAGGUGGUUUUUUGGGGUUUUUUUGGGUUUUUUUUUAAUAACUUCAACAAUGAAACUGAGUGUGGGGAUAUUUUUUGGAGGUUUCUUUGCAGCUCUGGGGGUUUUGCUUUUUUUGGUGGCAUUUGGAACAGAUUAUUGGCUUCUUGCUACAGAAAUAGGAACUUGUUCAGAAGCACCUGAAGGUGCUGGGGGAGAGAAGGCCACUUUCCAUCAUGAAGGUUUCUUCUGGAGGUGCUGGUUUAGUGGAAAUGUAGGAGAUAAUAAUGGCAGCAUGUGGAAGUUUUGGUAUACCAACCAGUCACCUUCUAAGAAUUGUACACAUGCUUACCUGUCCCCCUUUCCUCUUCUCCGAGAUGAACACAACUCCACCUCCUAUGACUCUGCAAUCAUUUAUCGAGGUUUCUGGACAGUUCUUAUGCUCCUGGGAGUACUCACUAUUGUGGCGGCUAGUUUCCUGAUCAUCUGUGCAGCUCCUUUUGCCAGUCACAUUUUAUACAAAGCAGGAGGAGGCUUUUUCAUCAUUGCUGGUGUCUUGUUUUCGCUGGUAGUCGUGAUGUAUGUCAUCUGGGUCCAGGCCAUGGCUGAUCUGGAAAACUACACAAACAUGAAAAAGAUGGAUUGCCCAGACUUUGCUGUUUAUGUACGUUAUGGCUGGUCGUUUAUGCUGGCUCCUAUAGGAGUAUUUUUUGCUUUAUUAGCAGGAAUGCUGUUCUUGUUGGUAGGACGUGAUAUUUAUUUACACUCAGACUAGUCAGACACUGCUGAAGAAAUACAGCAAUACUUGUGAAACUUUGUGACAAGUGUAAACUGGAACACAAUUUUGUACAUUAUUAGCAUUAUGCCAAUCUUAAAUGUGCAGGCAGACUUCUGGAAGUUCGUCUAUUACUUGUUUAAGGGUAAGGGACACAAAACUCAUUACAGGAAGAAACGACCUUUAGUCCCAACUAGUUGUUUUUAAUUCUUUAGAAAGUACAUGUGGUUCUUCACAUUGUACUAUUAGCAGCAUUUUUGUAGGUUAACAAACAGAAGAAGACAAAAUUUUUCUGCAAGUAAAAGAUGAACAUGAAUUGUCUCAAAUCAACAUUUUUAUAUAUUUAUCUUUUAGCUGCUAUUUAUACUGUUCUUCUGUUUGUAGAGAAUGGCAUAAGGUAGAGGAGAAGGCAAACAUUCAAACACAGUAAUUCAAUCUACCUCCUCUCCUGUUUUCCACUACUUGCCUUAGCUUUAAUGGCAGCAAACAUGUCUGCACUUUAUAAAAAUAGAGUGCAGUUGUUCAUGCAGCAUCCAUAGGAAGAGGACAAGAGGGAAGACAAUUGCCAUGAAUGUGUAAAAGCUUAACUGUUCUAUUACCCAUUUCUCUUUUCUGUAUGCAUUUGAAAGCUGUAAACUUCUGUAUUCUGAAAUCCAUGUGUUGCAUGAUCCUGUAAGCCAAAAUGCCUUCAUGAUCUGAAGUUAUGCCAAAAUUGUAUUUUGCAUUAUAGCAUUAAUAUUUUAAUUAAGUUUUAACCCUUUUAUUUUUCGGUGGAACAACUGGCUCAUCUAAAAAAUAUUUUCAUGGUUGUGUAAAAUUAAUUUUUUUA